UUUGCUUAGAAAUAAGCGCACAUCGCCAAAGAAUCAUACACUGGCUGAAAGACUCAAUACCAAGUAGGCUGUACUGUUGGCUGGGAAACUUGCAGUGCUGUUCUGGGAACGCAGGGUGAGAUGGAGAAUGUGAAGAGCUGGGAGGGUUCUAGGUGCUCCUUGGGCCAGAUAAAGGGGGUGCCUCUGCUGGAGCCCACCGUACAAAACUGGGAGUUAGUGGAAAACUUCAGAGCACAGCCAGAUGACCUGCUGAUAGCCACAUACCCCAAAGCAGGCACCACCUGGACUCAGGAGAUUGUUGAUCUGAUCCUGAACGACGGAGACGCAGAGAAAUGCCGUCGAGCACCGACACACGAGCGCAUGCCCUUCCUGGAGAUGUUCCCUGUCCCCCCCUUAGAGUCUGGUGUCAGUUACCUGGACAAGAUGCCCUCCCCUCGCGUCAUCAAGACCCACCUGCCCAUUCAGCUGGUCCCCCAGUCCUUCUGGGACAACAAUUGCAAGGUGAUCUACAUGGCCCGCAAUGCGAAGGACAGCGUGGUGUCGUACUUCUACUUCGACCGAAUGAACCGCAUCCAGCCUGACCCCGGGCCCUGGGACCAGUACCUUCACAAGUUCAUGCAUGGACAGCUGUUCUGUGGCUACUGGUACGACCACGUGAAGGGUUACUGGAGGGAGAAAGAAACGAAGAGGAUUCUCUACCUGCUAUACGAGGACAUGAAGGAGAACCCUCGGGACGAGGUCAUCCGUGUGAUGCGCUUUCUGGAGCACCCGCUGCCUGAUGACAUCAUUGACCGGAUCAUUGAGCUCACUUCCUUUUCGACAAUGAAAGAGAACCCAAUGGCAAAUUACUCCACCAUCCCAGACAGCGUGUUCGACCGCUCAGUCUCCACAUUCAUGAGGAAAGGGGAAGUGGGGGACUGGCUGAACCACUUUAGCCCUGAAGAGAGCAGGCUCUUCGACGAGCACUAUGAGAAAAUGAUGUCUGGAACCUCCAUUCCAUUCCGAACCCAACUCUGAGGGACCGUCCACAAACUCUUCAAACCCUGAUCUGAGAGACCACUGUGAACCCCACUAAAAAGACCUUAGGGACCAUCCACAAACUCCACCACUUCAACUCUGAUCUGAGAGACCACUGUGAACCCCACUAAAAAAAACCUUAGGGACCAUCCACAAACUCCACCACUUCAACUCUGAUCUGAGAGACCACUGUGAACCCCACUAAUAAAAACCUUAGGGACCAUCCACAAACUCCACCACUUCAACUCUGAUCUGAGAGACCACUGUGAACCCCACUGAAAAAACCUUAGGGACAUUCCACAAACUCCACUCUAAACUCCCAUCCACUUCCCUGAUUUUCUGAAGCAUGCUGAAAUUGACAGAUCAAAUGUAAUCUAAGAUGGGUGUGUGGGAGGUAAUAAUAAGGUUAUAUUUAUUAAUCAGAUAUUUGCAGUAAUAACUAUCUUUUGUAUGUUUUUAUUGUAUUACUAUUCAGCUUAGGCUAGGCUACCCGUAAAUAAAGUAUUGGCAGACCUUG